UCUCUAAUGGCGACCCAACUCCGCCACCUCCCGCCGCCGCCCCUCGCCGGAAACCGCCGCACACUCGCCGGAACCCUAAUCCGCUCGGCCUCCUCCUCCCUCGCCCCUUCCCAUCGUCGUCAGACCCAUACCCCUUCCCUCUCCCUCCCCCUGCUCCUCCGAUCGGGAUCAUCGAACACUAGCAUCUCUUUAGCUCGAUCACUUCCCAUCCCCCCCGCCUACGAAAGUGCCGGAGGAGGUGGCGGCGGAGGCGCCGCCCCACCGAGAGGAGGCUCCUCCGGCGGAGGAUGGGGCUCCGGCGACGAUCCCGAUCCCCCGCCGCGGCCAUCCGAUCCGAUCGGGAUCUUCCUCGAGGGGUGGCGAUCUAGGGUUUCGGCGGACCCCGAGUUUCCCUUCAAGGUCCUCAUGGAGGAGCUCAUCGGGGUGAGCGCGAACGUGCUCGGCGACAUGGCGUCGCGCCCCAACUUCGGUAUCACCGAGCUCGACCUCGUCUUCUCCACCCUCGUCGUGGGCUCCAUCGUCAACUUCGUGCUCAUGUACCUGCUCGCCCCCACCUCCUCCAUCGCCUCCUCCGCGGCCAUUAGCCACAUGUUCGAGCCCGGGAACCACUCCCUCCUCACCCGCCUCGGCGUCUUCGCCUCCAAGGGCGCCGCGUUCGCCGCCGUGGGGUUCGCGGCGGGGCUCGCGGGGACGGCGAUCUCCAACACGCUGGUAGCGCUGCGGCGGCGGGUCGGCGGCGCCGCCGCCUCAGCCGCGGCGGCGGACGAAUCGCCGGCGAGGUCGCCGCCGACGGUGCUCAACGCGCUCACGUGGGCGGCGCACAUGGGGGUGAGCAGCAACUUCAGGUACCAGGCCUUGAACGGGAUCGAAUACGCGGCGGCGAAAACUUUGCCGCCGCCGGGGUUCAAGGCGGCGGUGGUGGUGCUGCGGUGUUUGAAUAAUGUGCUCGGGGGGAUGUCGUUCGUCGCGCUCGCGAGGAUCACCGGAUCGCAGAAGGCCACCGAGGAGAAGCCGGUGGCGGCGACGGACACGGCGGCGGAUGGAGCAGAGGAGUUGCAGAGUGAGGCACAGGCCAAGUAAGUGGUUUCUUGCUUUUGUUGCUAUGAAUCAGUUUUAGUUCUCUGAGUAAACGAGAAGGUUUUAUUGCGGUAGAAGAGUUUGCGAAAUAAUGUGGGGAUAUAUUGCAUAGAUUGAUGAUUGUGGGGAAAUUCAAGCAUAAUGCAAAAUUCGAUAAUUUUACGUUAUUUGCGAAAUAUAUUGAUAGCUCAUUACCCUUUUUGAGAUUGUAAUGAGAUUAGAUUCUUGAAGUUUAUACAUUGAACAAUUUUGGAUAAUAAAAUGUCAUUCAUGAAGA